AUGACUGAAAAAAUUGAAUCAGAGUCUAUGACAAAACUUGAGCCUGUAAUUUCAUUUACAGAGGAGGAUUUAGAAGAUAAAAACAAACAUGUGUUAACUGUCAUUGCGUCUCCAGGUGGAAAAGAGGUCGAAAUUACCAACAAUGUUGAUAUAGCGAUGAAGUUUGCAAUUGAGCAUAAGGGGGAAGCUAAGGCAUUGGAUCCAGCUACUGACAGAAGGAUUUUACGGAAAAUUGAUAUGUACUUGCUUCCUAUCAUGUGUUUGUUGUAUUGUUUCCAAUAUAUGGAUAAAUUGACCACAAGCUAUACUGCCAUUUUAGGAUUGAGAACGGAGUUGGGUAUGGUAGGAGAUAUGUACAGCUGGACGACCACCUGUUUCUACAUUGGGUAUUUGGCAUUUGAAUUUCCCGCCUCCUUAAUUCUUCAAAGGUUCCCAGUUGUUAAGGCGGUGAGCACAUUCAUCAUAAUUUGGGGAAUGAUUCUUGCCUUGUGUUCAGUUCCGAAUUAUGCUGGAUUUAUAACAUUAAGAACAAUUUUGGGUAUGAUGGAGCUGUCAAUCACUCCUGCAUUUACAAUCAUUACGUCCCAGUGGUACAAGAAGGAGGAACAGUUUUUGAGAACCACCUGGUGGUUCGCCUCCAAUGGGUUUGGUACCAUCCUUGGCAGCUUGAUUGCGUAUGGUACAUACAAACACCAAGAUUCAUAUUCGUUGCCGGCAUGGAAGUUGGUAUUUGUUGUGACUGGAGUUUUGACGAUUUUCUUGGGGUUUGUAAUUAUGCUUCAUAUCCCCGAUACGCCAACUGGAGCAUGGUUUCUCAAAGAAGAGGAGAAAGUUUUAGUGGUUGAAAGAAUUAGGGGCAAUCAACAAGGGUUUGGUAAUCCAAGGUUCAAGAAGGAGCAAUUCAUUGAGGCAUUGACUGAUCAUCGUACGUGGUUAUUUUUCAUCUUUGCCAUCGCUAGUUGUAUCCCCAAUGGAGGUAUAACAACAUUUAGAACAAUAUUGUUGAAUGAGCAAUUUGGCUUUGAUACAGCAGAGGCGCUUUUGAUGCAAAUGCCAUCAGGCGGAGUUGAAAUUGUCGGAUGCAUUUUGUUUGCGUGGUUGCUGAAGUUUCUCAAGUCUCGUAUGUUAAUUGCUAUAUUUAUUGCAGUCGUUGCUAUUGUGGGCGAGUGUCUAUUGGCGUUUGCACCUACAAAAAAGGGAAAACUUGCAGGUCUUUACGUAUACAAUGUGUUUCCUCUUUGUUUCAUUUGUCUUACAUCGCAAAUUUCGUCAUCCGUUGCUGGUCAUACAAAGAAGGUCACUUUCAGUGCCAUUUUUUUGAUAGGUUACUGUGUGGGGAACUUGGUUGGUCCACAAACAUUCUUAGACAGUCAAGCUCCAGUGUACUCUGGAGGUAAAAUUGGGAUCGUGAUUGCUGGUGUUGUUGCUUUAGUGUGUUUGAUUUUAAUUUACAUCUCAUAUUAUGUGGAUAACAAGAGACGCGAUGCCUUGCCUCCAGUUGAUAUGAGUAAGAUUGAGAAUUAUGAGUUUGCUGAUUUGACCGACAAACAGAAUCCAAACUUUAGAUAUGCUCUUUAG